UGGCCGCUCCGCCAGCACUUGCCGCAGCUGCCACCACUCCCACCCACGAUCGCAGCCCAGCAGCUGGGAAACGCCUCCCCCCGCCCCGCAGACUGGGCUGCGCAGCGUGGGAGGGUCAGCGGUCCCGGAGGACCGAUUCCGAACUUGCGAGGAGACCGCGGCUCUCCCGGGCCUGGAGAGUAUGAACAGGAUUGCUGAUUUGCAAUGAUAUGGUGAAACCAAGGGCUGGAACCAAAAAGAUCUUCUCAGCUCUUUAGUUUGAACCACAGUGAAUUGUCUACCAGCAGCCGGCAUGGCUAAAAGUUCAGAGGUCAAACUGGCAAUAUUUGGGAGAGCAGGCGUGGGCAAGUCAGCUCUUGUAGUGAGAUUUCUGACCAAACGGUUCAUCUGGGAAUAUGAUCCGACCCUCGAAUCAACCUACCGACACCAAGCAACCAUUGAUGAUGAAGUUGUCACCAUGGAGAUACUAGAUACUGCUGGCCAGGAAGACACCAUUCAGAGGGAAGGACACAUGCGGUGGGGGGAAGGCUUUGUGCUGGUCUAUGACGUUACUGACCGAGGAAGUUUUGAGGAAGUGCUGCCGCUUAAGAACACCCUGGAUGAGAUCAAAAAGCCCAAGAAUGUGACUCUCAUCUUGGUUGGAAACAAAGCUGACUUGGACCACUCCAGACAGGUUAGUACAGAAGAAGGGGAGAAGCUGGCCACAGAAUUGGCAUGUGCUUUUUAUGAGUGUUCUGCCUGUACCGGGGAAGGGAACAUCACCGAGAUAUUCUACGAGCUGUGUAGAGAGGUACGUCGCCGGAGGAUGGUCCAGGGCAAGACGAGGCGACGCAGCUCCACCACGCACGUCAAGCAAGCCAUUAACAAGAUGCUCACCAAAAUCAGCAGUUAGGCAGCUCUCUUCUUGUGAAGGCCCUGCUCAGGUGGGUUGGGUAAUUGGAAACGCUUUCUUGCCCUUUUGCCCUUUUUCUCCCCCCAAAUAAAAGAAAAUACUCCAUUCCUUGUUCUGCCUCUGGGGAACAUCUGGGCUUCCCACUGGUUCCAGCCUCCCAUAUGUUGGGAAGUUAUAGAGUGUUUGAAUGCAAUUUCAGUGCUGACAGUCUCUCUUUUGCCUGCUUGAAUAAAAUAUGCUCUAUUGCAGUUUGAA